UAACCAUUUGAAUCAACGAAUGGUAAUAGAGAUAUUUGCACACAACACGCGGUAGUUACGAAAAUUUACGAUUCCUGGGCGUACAGUUAUUGUUUGCUAGAUAUGCGUUCUACACUGUUAUGUUUCAUUGUAUGUUUGUCUGGUUCUGUAGUGCUUGCUAGAAAAAAAAUCAAUGAACCUGCCUCAGCUAACCCUAUUACUUUUAGUGUAGAUGGUUGCUUGCUAUUAUCAGCUAUCAUGAAGAUUCACAUAUCAAAAUCAGACGCUGUUAAGCAAUCAGAAUCAGUGUUUACAACCUACAUUAAUUCAACAAAUGCUAAAAGCAUCAACUCCAGCGGCGCAUGCAUCAAUUCCACUAGCAAAGAAUACAACCUCUUAAACUUGGGUUGGAAGCCGAAUGGUUCUGAGGGCAAUUGGAAUAUAUCAUUUAAUUUCUCUGAGACCCAUCCUGGUUAUUAUGGUUUAACUAAUGUAUACUUAUUGUACUGGUUGGAUAAAUCGGGUCCACGUAAUGCUUCCACGAAUAAAUCACUUUUUUCUUGUGCUAUUGGUACAUCGUUUAUUUGUCUAAGUGAACAAACCUAUGAAUUAAAAGAUAAAUCAUCAAAUUCAACAAAUGUACGACUUACAUUUAGUGAGUUUCAAGUUGAAGCAUUCAGAAAUAAUGAUGUUUCUAAUAAUACGUUUACUGGACCAAGUAAGUUAAUUAAAUUAUUUAGAGAAAAUUUUUUAAAAUUUCAUUUAUUUUCCUUAUUUGUUGCUUUAAUUAUAUAUAUAAUUACUACUUUUAUGUACUUAAUUAUGCCUAUUACACCUCGUGGAGGAGCAUAGGUAGCCCACCAGCAUUCUCCAUUCAACUCUGUCCUGGACCAUCCUUUCUAGUUCUUUCCAGUUGCUAUUCAUCCUUUUGAUGUCUGUUUGCAAUUCACGACACAGUGUGUUCUUCAGCCUCCCACUUUUCAAAUUCCCUUCAGGAUUCCAAGUUAGCUCUUGCCUCGUGGUGCUGUUUAAUGAUUUCCUCAAUGUAUGUCCUGUCCACUUCAAGCGUCUUUUUCUAGUUUCGUCGUCAGUUGGAAGCUGGUUUGUUCUGUCCUAUAGUAGGUUGUUGCUGAUGGUAUCUUGCGUAGACAAUUGUUUAUAAAUACUUGCACUUUUUCGAUGAUAGUUAUAGUAUUUCUCCAAGUUUCAGCUCCAUAUGGUAGAACUGUCUUGACGUUUGUAUUGAAGAUUCUGGCUUUGAUUUACUUUUUACGUGCGUACUGUUAAAUAUCACAGGGCAAUAAAUAUGAACUCAAUGUUGAUAUAUAUAAUUUAUUCAUCAAUAACAUGUGAACAAAUAAAAAGACUAUGCUUCGUUCGAAAUGGUAACUUGUCCAUGAUGAAUUUAAAAUCAAGUGCUUCCUCUUGUGCUGCCGAUUAUGUACCGACUAAAGUGAUUCCUAUUGUUGUCGGCGUCUUAUUGGUGGUUAUGAUAGCGGCUGCUUUAAUCGCUUUUAUUAUCAGUAGUCGACGCCGUCAAAUUGGCUAUGAAGAAAUAUAAAUUAUGAAAAUAAAGGCGGCCUAACAUACAGGUCUUAUAGCUAAUGAAUCAAACUCUCAGAUCUGAUAAUUUUAGCAUGAUUUAGCUAUUGUUAUGCUAUUUUUUUCAUUUACAUUGCUUUCGAACCUAUUUCUCUAUUUCAUCAAUAAUUACUGCUUUUAUAUAUAUUUAUGUAUACCAUUAAACCCUAAAAUUUUAUAUUUCAUUUUUGGCGCUCAUUUCAUUUUUUUACACGCAUUUCGGUCUUAUGUCUUGAUGGUGUUUUUUAGAUUAAGAUUGUUUUUCACUUGAUGAUUUACAAUAUAUUGUCAUUGUUCGUUCAUUAAAUUGUAUUUUGUAAUGUAAGUAGAGGAUAAUUUUAGUAUGCGUAGAGUGUGGUAUCAUAUUGUAUGAGUUCAAUUACAAUUUAAAUAUGAUUAUAGAUACCUGCCUCAUUUUUUAAAUACACAUUGUAUGCAAAUUGAUUCACUAUUCUGUAAACUGAGUCUUUCAUCGUUAUUUAGCAGUUUACUGCUUACAGUUUUAGGCUCCAUCUGUGUUUCUACUGUUAAUUUUAGAACUCCUAACUGAGCAAUAAUAAUAAACGGACGCA